AUGGAGAAGAUUGGGCUGUGGACAGCUGCUCAAGCUGUAAACGAUAAUCAGCAUCAACAGUCUCAGUUUACUCCAGUUGGGAGACUGGAAGAACAGAGUCGUUACUACAACCAGAAUCUGCAUCCUUCAGCUCCGGACAAUCUCUAUAUGGUCCAAAUGGGCAUUUACCUCAUACUACUAGAGAAGGAAAUUCGGCUGGAGAUUCAAAUGAUGUAUUUGGUCAUCAACAAAGUUCAGCUGCAAGUCCUUCGAUUCACUAGCAGGAGGUACCUUCUAGUUAUUCUUCUGUUGCAGAAAUUUGUGCAGAAAGCCAGGGUUAUUUCUGUUUUUUUAAUUUUCCGGAAGGUAAAAGCUGGUAAAGAAGAGGCCGAGAAUCAAAAUGAGAAGUUCUAUAAGUCGCUUUCCAUGUCCAUUGCCUCAACUCCACUGCACCAACCACCACUUCUUACCAAUGGCAUAUCGGUUUCGAUGGACCUGCCCCAUUAG